AUGACACCUGAUCCACCUGAUGAUGAUAAAUGUCAAGUAUCUAUGUGUCAUCAAACACAUUUUACUUAUUGUCCACAUUGUAAAUUAUUCGUGUGUAUAGAACAUCUUAAUGAACAUUAUUCAAAUUAUAAACAAGAAUAUCAAUUGUUAUUAAAUGACGGUAAACAACAGCAAAUAUUAAAUAAACAAUUUAUUGAUGAUAUUGAAAAUGAAAAAAAACAGUUAAUAAAUUUUUUUAAUCGUGAAAUACAAUAUUACGAAAUAAAUGAUAAAUAUUUUCAUGAAAAAACAAUACAGUUAACAGUAAGACCACAAGAUUGUGCUGAUUUACGUUUACAUAUAUUACAAUCAUCACAAAAACGAUUAAAAUUUAAAAAAUUUAUGCAUCAAAUACAACAAUUAAUUAAUGAUUAUGAAUAUCAUCAACCAAAUGGCAUUAAUGAUGAAACUUCUAGUCCAUUAGUAAAAGUUAAGAGUGAAGAGAUUAUUACUAAACCUAAAAUAAGUAAAUCGUCACCUUUAGCACAAUUUUCUAUUGAUUAUGAAGAAAUUGAUGAUGAUGAUGAUGAAGAACAACAACAGCAACACAAUACUAAUGGUCAUUCUCAAAAUAAUCAACAAGAAGAAACAAACAUUCCAAAUGGUACAAAUUCAAGUACAACUAAGAACAGUAACACAGAAACGGCAACUUCAAGUAGUAAAGACAUUCCUAAUGAAUCCAUUCGAUCAGACGAUGAUACUGAUGAAGAAGAUGAGACUGAUAAUGAUAAUCUUGGCUCUGAUCCAGAUUUCGGUGGUGAACAUCGAAUAGUUAGUACAAAUGUACGUCGUAGAAAAGAUGCUUCAUCAUCGAAACCAGUUGUAAAUCAUUUUCAAGUAAAUAUAUGUCCAUUAACAAAUAAAUUAUAUGGCAUUGAUUUAAAUAAACAUCCAUUACGACAUGUACCAUGUUCACGUAGUAAUAUAUCAUCAAUUUAUUUAUUUACACAUUUACGUGUUUUUCAUUGUCUCAGUUCUAAAGCUUCAUUACGUCUUGUUCGUCAUAUAAUGUUUAAUGGUUGUGAACGUGACUGUGAUCUUUUUUCACAAUCAACAGAAUCAAUUGUAAAUAUUUUACCGAAAUCUUUUCGUGGUCGUUGUCCAUUAACAAAAUUAGGUGUAUUCGGUCUAAAUAAAUUUCAUGAUAUAAGAUUAUGUGAAGAAAGUCAAACACAUGAAAAUACAGGUUUAUUAAAUCAUUUUGUUGUUUAUCAUUGUCUUUCAUAUCCAUGGGCUAAUAAAUUAUGUAAUGCAAUGCAAGCAGGCGAUUGUGAUGGUAGUAAACAAAUUUUAUUUAAACCAAAUGAACCGAUAAAAGCUAAAAAAUGGUUAACAUCACAAGGAAAAUUAAUUCUAGCUAAACGUUAUUCAGCAUCUAAUGUUUUUAUUGAUGUUUAA